AUGAGCAUUCUUCGCUCUCGAAUCCUGAGCUCCGUUAAGGGAGUUGAAGUAGAUCUGAAAAUACGACCGGAGCUCUUCAACAAGCCUUCCAAACGUACAUAUUUCGGUGAAUGUUCGUGCCACUUCCGAGUCCCACGAUAUCAUUGGGUCGAGGACGAACCGGGUUUGAUCGAAGCCGUCCGUGACGACAACAAGAGCAAUCUCGUCACUCAGAUGGAGCUUCUCACCGCCAGAGUUUCGCCGGACCAAAGGACGAGGACGGCCUCGAAACUGCUGCACCUAUGCUGCAAAUUUGACUCGCACAACUGCGCCUCCGCGAUUCUGGACGGCGAGCUCGGGGCGGUUCCGUUGGUGAACGAGUGUGACGACUACUCCGGGAAAUCGCCGCUGCACACGGCGGCGUCGGCUCACGCUUCGCGGUGCGUGGAGGUUUUGCUCGACAAACAGGCACGUACCGACCUGAGGACCAGAGACGGUCAGGCGCAGCUUGCGCUGCAGCUGUGUUUGACUACUGACACAAGGAUUGAUCUGAAUCGGAACCCGGACGAUUUCUCCGUCCAAGAAUUGCUGAUUCACAUUAGUGAAAAGCAAUUACGCACUGUGAAGCUUCUGAGUGAAAAAACGAAGGAGAUAGCUGACGUGGCGUACGCCUACGCCGUCAAAGGCCGUGUAGCUUCACUGACGGCGCUGCUCAUCGUCGCCGCCGAUAAGCUUAUCGAUUCCGUCGUAGAGUGGCCUGAUUCCAAAUCGCAGUUUAAGGAGAAGUUGACUAUCUACGAAUGCCUUAUAAGGAAGGGAGGAGAUGAAGCUGUUGUUCAGCUGCUUCUGCGGAGUAAAAUUGAUGUCAAUGAAGCUGAUGCACAAGGAAACACUGCUGUUCAUUGCAUCCUUAAAUCCAGAUUGUUGUGUCCUCAACAGAUCAGAACUUUGUAUUAUUUCAAUCCUAGAAUUCUAUGGCUUCUUCUUGAGCAUGGCGCUCUACCGUGUCAAAGGAAUAAAUUGGGGGAGACACCAUUUCAUAUUGCUGCUGGAAAUGGUAAUUCAGAGGCCCUUCAGGUCCUUCUGUUGGAAGAUCCAGUUGGCGUCCUAUAUAAGACGGAAAUGAAAGAAACCCCCUUGUUUUUCGCCGUGAAGAAUGAGAGUAAGGAGUGUGCUAAGCUUCUUUUGACAUGGGGAGCAAAUAGUGAAGUCCGUAAUCUGCGGCAAAGAGCUAUAGACCUGGCAACCUCUCUGGAUAUGCGUUACAUAUUGCUGAACCCAACCACAGUUAGCCUCAUAAAUCAUGCUUUCCCAAAGGAGUCUCGGAAAGUGAAAGAGGGAGUAGACCAUAGUUAUUGUUUUGUUACUAAACUACUCAAACACAAAGUGUUUGUUGGAGGACUUCCUCCUUCAGUGGACUCUGAUGAUUUACGCAAGUUCUGUGAACAAGAGUUUGGAUCAGUAGAAGAUGCUAUAGUCAUUGUAACUGAAACAGAAAACAAGAUACAGUCUAGAGGCUUUGGAUUUGUCACAUUUGGACAGGAGAAAUCUGCUUCAGAAGCUAUGCAAGCACACUACUUCACCAUGGGAGGGAAGACAGUUGAAAUAAAAAGUUUGAUUCCAAAGUUGGUUUUAGAAGCUGAGUUUGAGAAAAUGUCACCUCAACGAGAACAAGAGCAGAAUUUUCAGUUUCUACAACAGAAGUCGAAUGAGAGUAUUAUGGAAGGAGAUAACCCUGAACAAGAUUCUUGGGCUGACAGAUUAGUCCAUAGACAACCAACGGUGUGUUCCACUGAACCUCAAGUUACCAAGAGCUCUCAGGACCCUAGCACUCCUACAUGGCGAAAGGUUUUCAAUAAGUGGUUUCCUGGGUUCUUACAAGGUCUCUCGAAGCAUUCAGAUUAUGCUCUCUCUUCUCUGAAAGUUGACUUCACGGCUAAAUUUGGGUUAAAACUGGAUCACUCAUCUGUGGGCUUCUCUAAGCUCAGUGACUUCCUGAUGUAUCCCCCUGAUUUAUGUACCAUCAAGAGGAGAACACCAAAUCACAUGAUCCUUCAGCCAAAAUUUUCUAGUCACACUCUGUCUUUGUCUCUAUAUAUUGUCAAUAGUGGUGAUUCAAGGUGUCUUUCAGACGUCUUAAGUGGCGGUGGUGGUCAUUCAAAGGAUCUUCAGAACUUUUCUGUUGACAGUGGUAAUGAUGAUGAGAAGUGUCUCCAGGACCUUCCAGGUGACAAUGCUAUUGCUACAAAGAGCCUCCAUGACCUUUCACUUGACUUUAAAUCGUGCAAGGUUAAAGGCACAACAAAUGUAGCAUGGGUUUCAGAAGACUUUAUAGCUCUUGCUGUUGAUUCUCGCGUCGGAGAUACAUACCCCAAAAUUCAAAAAGUCAGCCCCUACGUACUGUCGACGAUGGUUGGUGAUUCAGAGCAAGUUCGCAAGACAAUUCAACACAUGAUCAAUACGAUUGAUGAGAAGACCGCUAAUGGGACAGAUCCGGAAUGUGUAAAGAAGGUGGGCCGUGCUGGAUGUUCAACAAAUAGAGAUCCUAAUGCAGCUGGAUCCAUGUGCUUUAUUGCUGGUGUACAAUCCCAGGCUCCACGCUGUUACUUACUGUACGAUUUACAGAAGACGGAUAAAGUUCGAGAUUGUGCUUUGGAUGAUGUCCUAACUUGGAAAGCAAUUGGCAGUGGCGCUACCUUUGCUGCAUAUGUAGUAGAAAGAAUGUGGAGAAAGUAUCCAGAUGGUAGAGCUUCAAUUGAAGAUGUCGUUCAAAUUCUCUUAUAUGCUAUGUUGACGUCUACUUUGCGUGAUUAUGCAACCGGAGGAAUACUGACCGGUAUUUCUCACCCCUAG